AUGUACGGCGCAAAACUUCAGCAGGUCAAAGUCGCGUUCCUUGCCACGGGGAACGGUGUCGGAUUCGAGAUUUUUGAAUUCGUUGAUCCGCCGCACCAAGGGAUUCACGAUAGCUUGGGUACUUUUGAAGAAGGGGGCUACGCCAGAGGGGGGUUUUUCCACAUCGCCAUUACCUCUGCGGAUCCUGCUGCCGUCGCAGAGCGUGCCGUCAAAGGCGGAGGACACAGGAUCUCAGAGGAGGUGGAUUUGUUUGGUGAGAAGGCGGUAUACAUUGCUGACCCGUGGGGAAAUGUUAUCGAAGUCAUGAGCUGCAGUUUCGAGCGUCUGGUGGUCGGGAAAACUCCUUCGUAG